ACGGUUAGCUAGCAACUGGUUCACCAAAUUUUGUGUACUACUGCACGCGCGUAUGGCGACUGAUUUCUGUGCACAAGAUCCAUCAGUUUACCGCCAUCAAAUUUGGCUUCCACCACAUACGUCAUCAGCACUCCCACUUCGAGUUCCACUGGCAGUGAGGAAGGUGGAAUCAGCACGGAUACAGUUUGCCAUCCACACCGCCGUCGCUCUUCCUACCAGCUGGCCAACCACCCUCGCAUUGACUUCCUCACCGUUUAAGCUGGAAAUUAAAGACGCGAUUCUUGGUCCCAAGAACCGUGCGCGAUAGACUUGAUUUCAGGACCUGACCCAUCACCCAUCCUUUGGAACCCGUCUCCAGCUGCUCUUUUAGACACUUUAUCUCAACUGCAUUUAACAGCUUCCUACCUGCCAUCGCCCGAAAAUCCGCCAUCCAAUAACCUGGCAAUGUCUCAUUCACCAAGUGCUUCUCCUCGUCUUAGACCAUUUGCCAUUCCUAUUAGGAAGCCUGAAGAGACUAGCAAUCUCCAAGCGUUGCCCAUUGAUGACAGGAACGAUGACACCGGGUGUGUCAAGACAAGACCCCAGGAGGAAUCCUGUCAUGCUCCAAUACCUCCUGAGCCCUGUUCACCUGACCUGUCCAAGCUCAAAGUCACCGAUGACGAAGAAAUUUCCCCCACCCGAGUGCAGAACUUGUGGUCUACUCCAAGCAAGAAGAAGGAAGAAUGGACUUAUCAAACCCCUCGCCGUUUUUCCCUCGCCAGCACGCCCUCUACUACACCGGGGUUGACCAGUACACCCUUUACCUCCCGGUCUUCUUUCACCGCCGAUUCGAAUAACACGCCUCAUACUCCCUACACCCCAGGGUUUGUCGGAUAUCGGCGACACUCUGAUAGUAGUGAUGAGCUCAGUUGUCUUUCAGGAAAAGUCAGCACCUCCGCAGGGCAUUCAAUUGAGACCUUGGGAAGAUAUCUGCUCAUUACUCAGGUGCCGAAUGAGGUUAGCGAAUUUGAAUUUCGGGACAUGAUUCAGAGUAUGGCAGACUUCAAAGCCCUCAUCGUAAAGCAUCUAAAAAGUAAAGGUUGCAUCAUCAUCGUUUUCUACGACCUUAGACAGAACCUCAAGGUUUACGAACGGCUUCAGGAAGGUCCGGUCACCAUCGGGGUAGCACAUCCUAUGGUCCAGCUUCAAUGUAUGCCAGUCUCCAGAGAUGUGGUCGAGACUGUCACUGGUCAUGGAGGAGCGUGGGAUCAAGUUUGGAAGACUUCUGAGUCAACCAUCAAGAUUGAGAUCAAGGGCGGGCAUCCUGUAACUACAGAAGUCAUGGAGAACGUUAUGCAAUCGAUAGGAGACGUUCGCCAGAUUGACCCCAUUGGUUAUGACGGGCGAGAGUUCGCUGUCGAUUUUUACGAUACUCGUGAUGCGGCACAGUCUAUCACGGACCUUAAUGGCCGCACUGCUGGACAGGCCCUGCUAUGUGUUGAUUACCAUGAUCAUAGAGAUAAAGAAUAUCUUUAUUCCCGACCUUCAAAUAACCGAGCAUUCUCCUUGGGGUCUGCGGCCUACAUUCCUGGUUGUCUGAGCGCGUCCCGGCUAGAGUCGACUUCAUCGGAUGCCUUCAACCUGACUCGUAUCGCAGACGGCAAUUCAGACUUGCGCACGCCCUCCAACAUGGCCCUCAAUACACUCAGAACAGAUGACUUCUUUUCUUCUCAUCCCUCUUCUUUGACACCGUCGAAGCAAAGUGUUGCAGCUCCAGAUUUCGCCUGUAGCACGUCUCCCUCCUGGUCUCUUGACAAAUCGUUUUUCGAUUAUGAAACCCCUCCUCGCAUCUUGUCCCUAUCAAGAAGGCUUUCCGAGGCUGGUACUGUACAAGGUCUUGUUAACCGCGCGGAUAUGGCGGCAAGAGCAAGGCAGAAGCAAGGCUUAGGUGGCCAUUGGGACGCUAACGAUCGUAAAGCUAUUCCGGAGCAAAAUAGAGUAUUCCCCGAGAGGAUUAUGGCCGGUCUGGACAGUCGCACCACAGUAAUGGUAAAAGAUGUCCCCAACAAAUUAUCUCGACAAGAGCUGGUUGAUAUUCUUAAUCGAGUUGUUCCGGGCGAAUUCGACUUUGUAUACCUGCGCUUUGACUUCAAGAAUUGUUGCAAUGUGGGGUAUGCGUUCGUCAAUUUUUGCUCUGUCCAGUCACUUUUGCGUUUCAUUCAAGCGCGGGUAGGGAAAAAAUGGAACUUGUUUUCCAGUGAGAAGGUCCUCCAAGUAUCGUACGCGGACAUACAGGGGAAAUUGGCCCUUAUCAAUAAGUUUAGAAAUUCUGCCGUAAUGGGUGUCAUUGAGCCUUGGCGCCCUCAAAUAUUCUAUUCCAGUGGAACAUUGAAGGGUCAACCGGAACCUUUUCCCGAUUCCGAUAAUCUGGCUGUGAGAGAACGAUCUGGGCUUUCGCAAACUUCCAUCUUCUCGACCCAGCCUUCGUCUCUCUUCCACUCACAACACCGCCCUUACGAUUAUACAUCUGCCUCGUUCGACCACAGCUUCUAAUCAAUCAUUGCAGCACUCUUUGGCACUCCUAACUGGGUCACUCUUGAUCCUUGGGUGACUUGUUGUGCCUCUUUGGUGCACGCUAGUUUGCAGGUCUUUCUCACCUUCUUUCCAUCUUUAAUGAGGUCUUUUUUCUUUGAAAUCGAUGUUUAUUCACCUUAUUUUGCAACUAUCCUUUUUCAGCAUCACAACUGUGAAACUUCCCGUUCAGCAUCCAUAUCUUCGGACAUAACCCACUCAUUUCACAUCCAAGAGGCAUGACGAGUAUAUUUGUCGUUUCACUAUUACUUCGCACUCAGUCAUCAAGUGAACCUUUCAUGCCUAUUAUUCAUAAAAUCAAAAGCCUUUAUGCGUAGAGCAUCCUUUAUGCCAUAUUUCACGUGCAAUCGAGUAGUUACGCAUCCAGUUCUCAUGCAAUUUCUCUUUAGUAUUGCGAUUCACCUGUAACGCGAUUGACGACGUCUGCACUUACUGGACCAAGCAAAGCGGAGGAAUGAUCAAUGCAUAAUGUAAGUGUAAGUAUUGAUGAUUGUUUGUACGAUGC